CGCAACGUUGGGUUCUGGGCUGGACAGGAAACGACGGAGACGCGCAGCGUGUCUCCUCAGCAGCUCCGGGAAAGAAUAGUGGGAAAGGGGAAUGGGCUUGGGAUUGUAUGAAGCCUAGACGAGGCGACGUGUGGAAACAUGAGGAUAACGGGAGGGUUUUCACUAAAUUAACAUUUUAAACAGAUAAUUACACACAUAUCAGGAGUUUUUCUCAUUUUUCUCCCCUAGGGCAGGGAUAUUUGCUCUCCCAUUGGAGGACACAGGAGAGGCGAGGACCCUCUUUGUGAAUCCCAUUUUACUAGGAUAAACGCCCUGUCACGGAGUGGAGAGGUGGUUUCGUCUGAACUUUAACCUCAGUAGGAAGGAGACAGAGCCACUUCAGAGAUGGAGCAGGUGUCAGAUGAUGAGUUGGACCAUGGAGCCGAGGAGGACAGCGACAAGGAGGACCAGGACCUGGACAAGAUGUUCGGUGCUUGGCUUGGAGAGCUAGACAAGCUUACACAGAGUCUGGAUGAUGGCAAGCCUCAGAAACCACUGCAGAAGCCUCCUCUCCGGCAGGAGACGAACAUGGCCAACUUCUCCUACCGUUUCUCAAUGUAUAACAUCAACGAGGCGUUGAACCAGGGCGACACAGUGGACCUGGAUGCCCUGAUGGCUGACCUGUGCUCCAUUGAACAGGAGCUCAAUACCAUUUCUAAACCAAAUUCCACGUCACGCGGCCAGAAAAAAGGCCAGCAGCGAGCGCCGGGGGGGCGCAGUGCCAGCACCAAGCACACAGGCACCAGUGGAGGAGGGAGCAGCGGAGGAAGCACCAGUAGCAGUACCCGGGCAUCGCCGGCCAACACAGUACGAGGCGGCAGCGUCAACACCCGCCCCACGGCCUCCAACAUCUCCCUGGAUGACAUCACCUCUCAGCUGGAGAAGGCCUCUCUCAGCAUGGAUGAAGCGGCACGUCAGACCUCUUCCUCUUCUUCCUCGUCCUCGUCGUCUUUCUCCUCCACCACGCUGCGGCGACCCUUGUCGGGGUCGUCAGGCGGCGGGCAGCACAGGAGGACGGGCUCAGUGGGCACGGUCAGCGAGCGGGAGGCUCCCUCCCAGCGGUCCAGUGUAAACUCCGCGUGUGCCUCAGCAUCCAGCAUGGACUCCCUGGACAUCGAUAAAGUGAUGACGGGUGGCGAGGUGGAGGGCCAGAGCAACCCGAGCACACAAGGACAAAACCAGACCAGCACAGAGCAUGUCACACUUCGGCGGGCCAGACGGCAGCUUGACUUCACCUCACGAGAGGGUGAAGUGGAUCAGGCCACUCACUCCUAUCUGGACCGAGAAACCUCGCUCAUUCUGAAAAGCAUAGCAGGAAAGCCUUCUCACCUCCUGACCAAGGAGGAGCAAGCUGCCAAAUUGAAGGCAGAGAAGAUCCGAGUCGCCCUGGAAAAAAUCAAGGAGGCGCAGGUCAAAAAGCUGGUGAUCAGGGUCCACAUGUCAGACGAGAGCUCCAAGACCAUGAUGGUGGAUGAGCGGCAGACAGUGAGGCAGGUGCUGGACAGCCUGCUGGAUAAGUCCCACUGCGGCUACAGCCCGGACUGGUCUCUAGUGGAAACCAUCAAUGAGCUACAGAUGGAGCGUAUUUUUGAGGACCAUGAGAACUUGGUGGAGAAUCUAUUAAACUGGACCCGGGACAGCCACAACAAGCUUAUGUUCAUCGAACGCAUCGAGAAAUAUGCGCUUUUUAAGAACCCUCAGAACUAUUUGCUGGGGCGGAAGGAGACAUCCGAAAUGGCUGACAGGAACAAAGAGGCUUUAUUAGAGGAGUGUUUCUGUGGCGGCUCAGUGUCAGUGCCGGAGAUCGAGGGCAUCCUGUGGCUGAAGGAGGACGGGAAGAAGUCGUGGAAGAAACGCUACUUUCUCCUCAGAGCUUCAGGGAUCUACUACGUCCCCAAAGGCAAAGCCAAGGCAUCCAGAGAUCUCGUGUGCUUUCUGCAGUUGGACCAUGUUAACGUGUACUACGGCCAGGACUACCGCAGCAAAUACAAGGCUCCCACUGACUACUGUCUGGCCCUGAAGCAUCCACAAAUCCAGAAGAAGUCACAGUACAUCAAGUAUCUGUGCUGUGAUGAUGUCAGGACCCUGCACCAAUGGGUGAAUGGAAUUCGCAUCGCCAAGUAUGGCAAGCAACUAUACGUGAACUACCAGGAAGCCAUGAAGAGGACAGAGGCGGCCUACGAUUGGUCCUCUCUCUCUACCUCCAGCAUCCGAUCAGGUUCUAGCUCUGCCAGCAUACCUGAGUCCCAGUCCAACCACUCAGGUCAUUCAGACAGUGGAGUGGACACGGGCUCGUCUCAUGGCCGGUCCCAGAGUGUGGUGAGCUCCAUCUUUUCUGAGGCCUGGAAGAGAGGUACCCAGAUAGAGGAAAGCUCCAAGCAUAUGAGAAUGGAGGCAUCCAGAGGGGCCACCCUGCCGCAUGCUUCCCACAGUCAGCGGCAUCAUAGCCAGCAUUCAGUUGAUCAUCCAGCCCUGACGCCCCCUCCCCAACCCCAGGUGCAGCCGCAGCCUCAGCCCCACCAACACCACACACAUGAACCUCCCCCAGCCCCCAUCACUGGCCCAACUCCACCUCCUCCUCCACUACCUCCUGGGAACCUGAGCUCCCCCUUGAGGAGGACACCCUCUGGGACUUCCAAUUUCGUAGGCAAGAAACCCCCUCCCACCCCACAGAGGAACACCAGCGUCAAGUUCAACGCAUCAGCUUCCUAUGAGGAAUCCAGGAGGAACUUGUUCAGUAAAUUUGCUCCCCAGAACAACGCCCCUCCUUCAGCUCAUUGUCCCACCUCCUCCUCCAUCGGAUCCCCUUCCAAGGACCCUUCAGCUGGACCCCCUGCUCCCCCGAAACCAGGAAAGCUCAACCUGGCCAACCUGCCCAUGGCACUCCAGGCCAAAGUGAGCCAGGUAAAGCAAACCGGUGGUGACUUCCCUGCCCCCCCACAUGAGUGCGGCUACUUCCCACCUCCUCCCCCGGCCUCUGAGCUCUUCCCCCCUCCUCUACCUCCUGGUAGUGACGCCCAUAGCGGAGGACCUCCUAGGGUAGCCGUGGUCAACCCCCAGCCCCAGGCUCCCCCUCCUCCUCCGCCUGUCUGCCAUGUCAGCAACUCAUCAUGGGGGAAGAGCUCCUUGAAAAAGACUCCUCCACCCACACUUGUGCGGCGUAACAACACCACCCCGGAGCCCCCUCCACUCUCAUCACCUCCACCCACCUCCCCAAAGGGUAGCUCAGGCCAGCCCAAUUUCCUGGACGAUCUCAACCGGACACUGAAGCGAAAGUCAGUGGGUCGCCAAAGUUCUCUGAACUCGGCCGGCCUCACGGACAAGUUGGACCCUGCAGGAACUAUGGACGACAUGGCGCUGCCCCCGCCGCCCCCGGAGCUGCUCCUGGACCAAGGAAAGCAAAGCAAUGGAGGAAAUGGGGGCUACAUGUCUGGAAACAUCUCAGGUUAUGCAACACUACGACGAGGACCCCCACCUGCACCACCCAAACGGGGAGACACUACCAAACUUACUGGAGAGUGUUGAACUUGGAGAUCAGGACACCAUAAAGAUGGAUGAAUAGACAAUGAAAGAAUAUAUGGAAGUGAACAUUCAUUCGGGAAAUGGGAGCGAGUUCCUUCCGUCCUCUUGGGAUCACAAUGAUGAAUAGAUGACUGUGUAUUUACGAAAACCCAAACCCGACCAUGAUCAAAUAGUGUUUGCUAAUUAUUGCAUUUUUUCAACUUGUUUGACUUUCUGGAUCAGUGGGGUUUAUAGUACUGGGACAAUUAAGACUGGAGCAGGUAAGUUUAAGGUCACAGAAAAAUAAAACGGAUUUUUAGCUUUCUGUGGUUGUCUAAACUCUCUGGAAGACAUUGUAUUUCCCUGUAUGGUAAUCCCCAUCCAUCUGGUACACCCAGCAGAUUUAAAUAAACACUAAUAAGAAUUGUGCAAAUAUUACUGGAUCCAGUUCUGAGCCGAACCAUGUUAUCCGCUUCUUUGCCAUAAGUUUGUGCCACAUACUGGAGACAAAAAAAUGACACCACCACAGGAUCCUUCUGCUUUGGUACUGCAUGGACUUCAUGUAAGAACAACUGGUAAAACAUAACGCUGUUCUGGUGUGUGUGCAUGAGUGAGAGAGAGAAACUGAGAUGUGCAUACAUGCAUCGUGUGCAUGCAUGUAUAUAUGAUUAUAAGCUGUUAACAGUUAACUUCUUUAAACCAUUAAAGAAGGCCUUUGUAGAGCGGGGACGGUUAGGUUUGCUUUUAUAUGAAAUUAUUUAAUGAUUGAUAAAUGGAAGGAUUUUUUUAUAAGUCUGUGUUUUAAUAGCUGGUCAACAAAGUCUAGAGAGGAACAAAACAUCAGGGCGCAAUGGAAUGUAUAUGGAAAGGUGUAAUUGGAAACCUGAAUUACACACAUAAAGGAAAAAAAAAAACGUUAAAACUUUCAAAUCUUUCAAAACAUUGCUAGACUGUUUCACAACUUGGCAAAUGCAAAUCAGAAGGACGCCUUAUCCCCAAAGUCUUGCACAGAGGUCAAAGCAGAAAGGAGAUUUCUUCCAAAGGUUCAGUAGAGUCUGGACUGUGCAAUUGGAAAGAAAAAAAACACUCUUUUUUUAUUUUUAUUUAAUGGGCUGUAAAUGGAGGAGGAGGCCCUUAAUGGUGUAUCUUUGUGAACUGUGUGAGUUCCCCGUGUGUUGGCUUGAUUUUGGACCUUAUCCUUCAGUUUGUAUCUGUACAGUUGCAGCUGCUACUCCGUUACUGUUGGUCCCCGCCGCCUUCUAAAGUCGCAUCAUAUGACAAUUCAGGAAGAAGAAUGUACAGGUUGGAUUCAGUCAUGUGAAGUAUGCUCAUCUUUCUCCAUGCAAGGUGACCCAGUUGAAAAAUAUACGUUUGUCUGGUUAAUGUACAGAGCGUUAAAUCAUGUAGUCAAUAACGGAAAUCAUAUGACAACCAUUAGACUGAAUGUUGCUUUUAUCUGUGUGUCUCUAUCAUAUCUUGUUUGUUCACGGUACCAUUGGUGGACAGGGACUAAAGGUUAUUUGAUUUAUUUUUUUUCACCUAAAUAGUGGAUCAUGAAGGGUUUUAAUUUCUCGCAGCAAUGCCUUCAUCUUUACUGUGCUAGUGCUGUGCUUCAGGAACUUCUCAUCAACAUGUCCGUGUGUGCCAGGAUGACAUAUCAUUAAUAUUUCAGACUGUUUAAACUGGUUUUAAAUUGGCUUUAGUGUGAAAAUGUGUGCUUGAAGUGUCAAGAAUAUGGUUGUUUCCACUCAGUCUCUGUUUAACAUGAUGUUCUUAUGUCCUACACCACAGUGGUUUGAUCGCCACCUGGAAGGCAGUGUACCGUUUCUUAUAACCGAAUAGCAUUGGCUUUAACAGGAUGUUUGCUACAGUACAGUAUCUAAGUUAUUGAUGUGCUGAUGUGAACGUGGGGCCAAGUGAAAUGAAGAAAAAUGGCUGCAGAUGUGUCCUCUUGCAUAUAAACUGAAAAUCACAAUAUAAAUGUUCAAACC